GUUCUCCACCACAUACUACAUUUUCCUGCUUCCGAUCUCCCUUUAAUCCAGCCCCUCGCUAGCCCUGUGUAAUGCCUUCUCGUGCUACCGACUUACGUCAGCAGUCCCGCUUUGCGGAUCCAACUCCAUCGCGCCGAGCUUCGCGGGUAGACGUCCGCCGUGAUGGGGCAGGCGAUGCCAUCGAGGAGGACCAGAACGGCGUAGAGGACGACGAGGACGGAGGAGUAUCGGACAACGAGGCACCUACCUCGAGCAGGCGAAAGAGGAGCGGUGCUGGCGCCUCGAGUUCCACCGGCGACGACUCAGACCAGCGUGGACAGGGCUCUUCACGCAGGCCACCCAAGGUGUCGGAGGAUCCGGCACCUCAGCCUCUCACCAUGGACUCGGUGGCCCUGCUCAAACCCUCGGUCCGUGCUUGGGACGAUGCGAGCAGUAGACUGGCCACGGUCAAGGGCUACUAUCGGGAGACCAGCGCAACAUAUGCUGAGUGCAACGGCGAGGAGGGAGAGGAGGUGCGUGGAGAUCUAAUCUACGGUGGCUUGAGUGGGUGUGUGCUAAUGCAAUAUUGAUACCUCUCACUCGCAGAUGCUCGGGGCGCUAGACACCGAUUUCAAAGAGCUCAUAGAUAUGACUGUGGAAGCGAAGAUUAGGAAGGCUGUAAUGGACGAUAUCGUCAAGGCCAUCAGUCAUGGGGAAGAAAUCGUGAGUGCCUCCCACCGAUCGUAUCUUUGGAAAGGAUGCUCUCCCACUGAAAUUACACUGCUCAUCCUGAUCCAGACGGACGCAAAGAUCCAGUACGAGACAGCAGUGGCCGAAGCAAUGCAGCACUAUCGAAGCAAGACCCAGCGACAGAGGUAUCUGAGUACGUCAGCUUACAAGGACUUCAAGGAGGCCGUAUGGGUGAGCAGCUUGGGUAUGCAGCGUGAGGUGAUCUACAUCAGACUGACCAUAGG